AUGGAAUAUUUGGCGCCAGUGCCUCCCAUGACUACCUCACAACCUACAGCUGGCACACCGUGGGGUGGUUUGCCCGUCGAAAUUCAACUAGUGAUCGCAUCUAUGUUCAUUGGCGAUGUGAUUCUUUGCAAGCCGCGAGAGUUUGGAGGCGGGAAUUGCGGUGACGUGCGUCGCAAGUACGCUGGGCUAUCACGGACAUGGCGGGAAGCCGUUGAGAGACACACAUUUGAGACAGUCGAUUUGGCAACGCAGGAGACAAUCGUUUUGGCACGCAGGAGACUGCUCCAUGCGGUAUCCUACUCUCAUACCAACGUCUUCGGCAUUUGA